GCGCUGGAACCCUGACGCACGGAGCUCGAGAGCGAGAACUAGAGAGAAAGGGGUAGAAAUGGCGGCUCCGUUCGGCUCCCGCUGAGGAGGGUGAAGCCGGCGGAGUCUGUGCUGUCGGCUUGCAGUGUUGCUCCCGUCUCCCGCUAUCUGCCUUCUCGCACGGACUUCUCUUCCUCUGUCCUGCUCUCUGCUGUCCUUGUCUGCGCUCCGCAGAGUCGGGGCCGGCUUGUCUCUGCCCGCCCGGCUCGGCUCCACUGGCCCUGACUGCCCGGCCGGCGGGCCGGCCUUCCUCGGCUCUCCCGGGAGCGUCGGGCGCGGCGAGGACUCCGUCCCCCUGGCUGGACCAUGGUGAACACCCGGAAGAGCUCGCUGCGCCUUCUCGGGUCCAAGUCUCCAGGGCCCGGGCCUGGGCCUGGGGCCGGAGCAGAGCCUGGGGCCACCGGAGGCAGCAGCCAUUUCAUCUCCUCUCGGACCCGCUCCUCCAAGACCCGCGCUGCCAGCUGCCCCGCCGCCAAGGCCGGGGGAAGCGGUGGCACCGGCGUCGCUCUGGACGAGGCCCGGAGGUUAACUUCUCAGCCUGGUGCUUCAUUACCAAACGGACAUAGUAGCUUAUCCCUUCGAAGUCAUCCCCUUCGAGGGGAAAAAAAGGGAGAUGCGGACCUUUCUUGUAUGAACGGUGAUAUGGAAGUCAGAAAAAGUUGUCGUUCUAGGAAAAAUCGAUUUGAAAGUGUGAACCAGAGUUUGUUAUUUGAUCAACUAGUAAAUAGUACUGCUGAAGCUGUAUUACAGGAAAUGGACAACAUCAAUAUUCGAAGGAAUCGUAGGUCAGGAGAAGUAGAACGACUUCGAAUGUGGACAGAUACAGAAUUUGAAAACAUGGAUAUGUAUUCAAGAGUGAAAAGACGAAGAAAGUCACUGAGAAGAAAUAGUUACGGGAUACAAAAUCAUCAUGAAGUUUCCACUGAGGGUGAAGAAGAAGAGUCUCAAGAGGAGGAUGGAGAUAUAGAAGUCGAAGAGGCAGAAGGAGAGGAAAAUGAUAGGCCAUAUAAUCUCAGACAAAGAAAAACAGUGGAUCGAUACCAAGCACCUCCAAUUGUACCAGCUCAUCAAAAAAAGAGAGAAAACACAUUAUUUGAUAUUCAUAGAUCUCCAGCAAGAAGAAGCCAUAUUAGGAGAAAGAAGCAUGCCAUUCAUAGUAGUGACACAACUUCUUCUGAUGAAGAACGCUUUGAAAGGAGGAAAUCAAAGAGUAUGGCAAGAGCAAGAAAUAGAUGUUUGCCUAUGAACUUCAGAGCAGAAGACUUAGCUAGUGGCAUUCUUCGAGAACGGGUGAAAGUGGGUGCAAGCUUGGCUGAUGUUGAUCCAAUGAACAUUGAUAAAUCAGUGCGGUUUGAUAGCAUAGGUGGAUUGAGCCAUCAUAUUCAUGCACUAAAGGAAAUGGUAGUAUUCCCACUUUUAUAUCCAGAAAUUUUUGAAAAAUUUAAAAUUCAGCCUCCAAGGGGCUGUUUGUUUUAUGGUCCCCCAGGCACUGGUAAAACCUUGGUUGCCAGGGCUUUAGCUAAUGAAUGCAGUCAAGGAGACAAAAAAGUGGCUUUUUUUAUGCGAAAAGGAGCAGAUUGUUUGAGCAAAUGGGUUGGUGAAUCUGAAAGGCAACUUAGACUUCUUUUUGAUCAGGUAAGAGAAAUCACUGCUAAGCUCUCUAUAGUAUCAACCCUCCUUGCUCUUAUGGAUGGAUUAGAUAACAGGGGUGAAAUUGUUGUUAUUGGUGCUACAAACAGACUUGAUUCUAUAGAUCCUGCACUCAGGAGACCUGGUCGUUUUGACAGAGAGUUCCUGUUCAACCUGCCUGAUCAAAAGGCAAGAAAACAAAUCUUACAGAUCCAUACUAGGGACUGGAAUCCAAAAUUGUCAGAUGCUUUUUUAGGUGAAUUGGCUGAAAAAUGUGUUGGCUAUUGUGGAGCUGAUAUAAAGGCCCUGUGCACUGAAGCUGCCCUUAUUGCCCUGCGGAGGCGUUAUCCCCAGAUCUAUGCUAGUAGUCAUAAACUGCAGCUGGAUGUUUCCUCAAUAGUGCUCAGUGCCCAGGAUUUUUACCAUGCAAUGCAGAAUAUUGUGCCUGCUUCCCAACGUGCUGUGAUGUCUUCGGGACAUGCAUUAUCCCCCAUUAUAAGGCCACUGCUGGAAAGAAGCUUCAACAACAUUCUAGCAGUCUUGCAAAAAGUGUUUCCUCAUGCUGAAAUUAGCCAGAGUGACAAGAAAGAAGAUAUAGAAACUCUAAUUUUAGAUGAUAGUGAAGAUGAAAAUGCUUUAUCAAUUUUUGAGACCAGUUGUCACUCAGGAUCACCAAAGAAACAGUCAUCAGCUGCUGCUAUACACAAACCCUACCUUCAUUUUACAAUGUCACCAUAUCAUCAGCCAACCUCUUACAGGCCACGAUUAUUGCUGUCUGGAGAACGAGGCUCAGGUCAAACUUCUCACCUUGCUCCAGCAGUUUUGCACACUCUUGAAAGGUUCUCUGUGCAUAGAUUAGACCUCCCAGCACUUUAUUCAGUUAGUGCCAAAACACCUGAAGAAUCGUGUGCACAGAUUUUUCGUGAAGCUCGAAGAACAGCACCUAGUAUUGUUUACAUGCCUCACAUUGGUGAUUGGUGGGAAGCUGUUAGUGAAACUGUGAGAGCAACUUUUCUGACAUUGCUACAAGAUAUACCAUCAUUUUCACCUAUAUUUUUAUUGUCUACCUCUGAAACUAUGUACAGUGAACUGCCUGAAGAGGUUAAAUGUAUCUUUAGAAUACAGUAUGAAGAGGUCUUGUAUAUUCAAAGGCCUAUUGAAGAAGACAGAAGGAAAUUUUUCCAAGAAUUGAUUCUCAAUCAGGCAUCAAUGGCUCCACCACGAAGGAAACACACUGCUCUUUGUGCUAUGGAAGUGCUUCCUCUUGCACUACCUUCUCCACCUCGUCAGUUAUCAGAAUCAGAAAAACAUCGGAUGGAGGACCAGGAGGAAAAUACUUUAAGAGAGCUGCGGUUGUUUCUCAGGGAUGUAACCAAGAGGCUGGCCACAGAUAAACGCUUUAACAUCUUCAGCAAACCGGUGGAUAUUGAAGAGGUUUCAGAUUAUCUUGAAGUUAUCAAGGAACCAAUGGAUUUAUCAACAGUAAUAACUAAAAUUGAUAAACAUAAUUACCUGACUGCUAAGGAUUUCCUGAAAGAUAUUGAUCUCAUCUGUAGCAAUGCUUUAGAGUACAAUCCAGAUAAGGACCCAGGAGAUAAAAUCAUUAGGCACCGGGCUUGUACCCUGAAGGAUACUGCACAUGCUAUUAUUGCAGCUGAACUGGAUCCAGAGUUUAAUAAACUCUGUGAAGAAAUUAAGGAAGCAAGAAUAAAAAGAGGCUUAUCGGUAACAGCAGAACAAAUAAAUCCUCAUAGUACUGGAGCUCGGAAGACAGAAACUAGAGUUGAAGAGGCAUUUCGGCACAAACAAAGAAAUCCAAUGGAUGUCUGGCACAACUCUGCAAAUAAAUGUGCAUUUCGGGUUCGGAGAAAAUCAAGGCGGCGAUCACAGUGGGGUAAAGGAAUUAUUAAGAAAAGGAAAGUCAAUAAUUUAAAAAAAGAUGAAGAGGAGACCAAAUUUGCCGACUAUGAGAACCAUACGGAGGACAGGAAGUUACUAGAGAAUGGAGAGUUUGAGGUAAGCACUGACUGCCACGAGGAGAAUGGAGAAGAGACUGGAGACUUAUCUAUGACCAAUGACGAGUCAUCGUGUGACAUCAUGGACAUGGAGCAGGGGCAGAGGCUUAACAGUGGAGCAGGCACAAAGGAGAACUUUGCAUCUACCGAGGAGGAAAGUUCAAAUGAAUCUCUACUGGUCAACAGCAGCAGUUCCCUAAAUCCAGAACAGACAUCUAGGAAAGAGCCUUUCCUUAAGGGAAACUGUCUAAAUGGGGAGGCUUCCACUGACAGUUUUGAAGGAAUACCAGUCCUGGAGUGUCAGAAUGGCAAAGUUGAAGUAGUUUCUUUCUGUGAUAGUGGAGAUAAAUAUAGUUCUGAACAAAAGAUUCUUCUGGAGGACCAGUCAAAAGAAAAAAUAGAAACUUCAAAUGAAAAUCAUGGAGAUGAUCCUGAGAAACUAGAGGCACUGGACUGUAGCAAUGAGAAGUUAGAGCCAGGCCCUGAUGUGGAGGUUAAAGAUGCAGAACUGGAUAAAGAAGGUGCUUCUAAAGUGAAGAAAUACCGUAAGUUAAUUUUAGAGCAGGCCAGAACAACAAGCCUAGAACUGGUUCCAGAGGAGCCAUCGGAGCCUGUGCCACCUCUCAUAGUUGAUCGGGAGAGAUUGAAGAAAUUGCUUGAUUUGUUGGUAGAUAAAAGCAACAAUCUGGCAGUUGAUCAGCUUGAGAGAUUAUAUUGUCUUCUUAGUCAAUGCAUCUACCGUCAUCGUAAAGAUUAUGACAAGUCACAACUUGUAGAGGAGAUGGAAAGAACAGUUCAUAUGUUUGAGACAUUCCUAUGAACUUUUCAAGAUGAGUGGUUUAUCCUCUCCAAUCUGCUCCUGACAGAGCAGUCUUCUGAGCCAUUCAAUUUCAAAUUGCACCAAUUAUGUGCAGAGCCUUGGUAUAAAGUGCUCUCUCACUCAUCCUUUCUCUGUUGAAUUUGGUGCUAUUGUCUCAGGUACCUGAAACCAACCAGCCUACAAGAACCAAACAGAACUUCAGAAACAUGUUGUAUUUUCCACAAAUAAAAAAUACAACCCCACAGCUUGGAGAUCUUGGUGCUACAGAAACUGCUCUUGCUCUGCUCUUCUUUCCGUGCACUCUCUGUUGGAGACUCCUCUUGGGGAGCAGACCAGCAAACAGGAGGGUACUGGACUGGGGCAGUUCUAAUUGUCUUGGAUUGUUUGAACAGUGGGCAGCCUGUUAAUUAUUUUUUUUGUCCUCUCAUAUUCCCCCAUCCCCCCCUAAUCUGGGUAAUGGACUGAAACCUGUCUUAGAGAUGGCCAUGGAAUAUUCUGGUGAAAAGCUAAAGAAAUGGGAUGAAAUUAGAUUAGGCUCUUUAGAACUGCCUUUAAUGUGCCUUUUUAUUCAUUUGAGAAAGAUAAGGCUAAACACAUGAGCUUGUUUGUAGCAAAUAAAUUAGAAUACUUUCUUUGGUCACAACCUUGAAAAUAAGUUUUGAUAACUCUGUGUGAUUAAGAGACAAGAAGUAUUUUGGUAUUAAAUGCUUGUCUUGUUCUCAAAGCUCAAUCAAGACAUUCAAUAAGCCACAUAAUAUACUAAAAUGAUGAGUUUUCCUGUAAGGUCUAUUACAGUUUAAGAAACAUGUAGUAAAACAGCAACAAAUAAUACAUAGUCCACAAAAAAUCCCAUACACUUUUUGCUGACAAGGAUGACCAGAAAAUAAAUAGUGGCCAUUUCUUUCUUUUUGUCAGUGGCAAUUUAAUAGUUACUCAUGUUUGAGUUCCCAGACAAAAAUGAUUUUCCUGUGUAGUAAAUUGUUACUGUUUUAUUUUAAAGCCAGGACUUGCCAAAUGGACAGAAAAAAGAGGAAUUUGUCAGAAUCUCCAUAAAAUUCAUUUCCUGUAUGCAUAAUUGCAAGUGAGCUCUGGUAUUGUCCUUGAAUAACAGUAUUAAUGUUUAAAUCCCUUCCCAUAAGCUUACCUUCACAACUCUUCAUUUCGGUUUGAACACAUUUUGGAUCUUGUUGAGUGAUUUCUGUGAAUUGUACGUGUCUGAAAUUAAUUAUGGCUUACUAGUUUUACAAAAACUUUCUACAGAUUUUGGAGACACAGUCUAGGCAGUUGCAAAGAGGCAAAGGGAGUGCAGUGACAUUUUUUAUCAGAUGAUUUUUAAACAAAAAGGUAGAAAAUUUUGCUGACAAGUUGGCUUGAUAUCUUCAUUCAUUAUAGCCGUUAGCUGCAGGUGUGUCUUUCAAUAUAUGCAACACAUGUAGUUUGGGUUUUAAUUAGGGCAAAUGGUCUUGGACUACUGCAGAGAUACUGAGCUACCUCAGCUUUUUGUAUUUUAGUCACCAACAGUGUUUACGGAGUCCUGUAAUCACUUUGCCACCGUUUACAUGCUGAAGCUAAGGUACUUGUCUCCUUCUCUCUGGCUGUUUGUAGUGUGCAGAAAGCAUACUUUGGCCGUGGGAUACUGCAGUAAUCCAAAGUGCUUCUUUGUAUUUGCAUUUACACCUAGCACUUUCUAAUUCUAGCAUAAUUUUUUUUAAUGCCACUUGUUUUCUUUAUACCUAGUCUAUGAAGUUUUCAUGAUAUUCUCUUAGUCAUGUGAUUCAAGAUGCUACCCAUGUAGACACACUGUAUUUUUAAGGUGGGCAAGUGCGAUUAACGAUGAACCAUUUUAAAGGGGAGGUUAUUUGAAACCUCUAAUUUGAUUAUUGGGAGGAUUUUCAUGCUUUCUUUAGUAUUUAUUACCAUCAUACCAGUUCAGACUAUUUUACUGUCUAAUACAUUAGCAUUUUGUAUUUUGAUGGGAAUUGUUACAGAAUUUAAAGAUUUGAUGAAAUAAGAUGUAGCAGACUUUUUGUAGCAAGUUUCUGGUAAAAGGGUUUUUUGCAAGUCUCAGGUUCUUGCUGCACUAUUUUUUUUUAAAUAUUUAUUCCAGUUACUCUAAGUCAGAAGCAUUCUUUUCAAGUAACAGCAGCACUUGUGAAAGGAAAAAAAAAACGCACAUGUUCUUAGUAGGUUACUAAAUUUGUACAAGUUAAUUAAGAUUUUAGCCAUCAGUAAGUUUGACAAGGGAAAUUUAUUUGUGUUCGGCGUUAAAAUGCUUCCAAAAGAUCAAGGUUUUUUGUUGUUGUUGUUUGUUUUUGUUUGAACCUUAAUGUAGAUGGAGAAAUCGGAGGCAACCUCAGUAUAGGAACUGCCACUUUGAACAGUUUAGGUCUUAAAAAGAAAGCCAAUCUAAUGCCAUGGGGAGAAAAAUGAGCUGAAAUUGUACCAACUCCUCUGGCCCUCUUUUCCUCUAAAAAGAAACACACUAUACCAGUUUUGCUUAUUUUACAAAUAUCUGGUGGUUCUAUAGUUUAAAGCAGCUUGUGAAAUUAUCUAAGUGGACUCAAUUUUGUUUAUCUUUCUGUAAGUUCUUAAUUUUUGCUGUAUAGCAUUGGCAAAAAUAUGUACAAAUUGACCUCUGUUCUUAUUUCCUGUUGUGAGUAUUAUAAAUGAUGAGCUCCUAUGUAAAACCCUACUCUCAGAUCAGUAAAAUGUAUAUCACAGCACAGCCCAGCAGUAGUUCAUGCUCAGCUGUGGGGACCCUGGGAGCUUUUUGAAGAUGAUGGAACCACACUAGGGUUGAAAUUGAAGGCUGUGGAGUUAAUUGUGUUUUUGAGCUUGAAUCUCACCUGUGAUUUUUUUUUUUUUUUUUUUUUAGUGUCCUUUCAUUGACUUGAUUUUUCUCAUAAGCCAAUGUAUUUGUAGGUUUACUGGACUUUAUUUUUAGGGAGUUGGGGUGGUAAUUUCUUAUCUUUCCUUUUUUGAUUAAGUUGGUUCAGCUAUGGUGCUAUUUGGUAGGUAUCUUCAGUGUCAGGUCCCGUAGCUGAAUGCCAUUGUUAUUAUAACUAUUAUUUGUAAUCACAUUGUAAGCUUGAAUUUGAGCUUGUACCUGCAUCUUUUGUAUUUUGUACAUCUGGUUACUUAGACUUUGGGAGUCCUAUUUGGUUUCAGUCAUGUAUGUCUACUUUGUAGAUUAAGUAGACUUCAUCAACUAUGGUCUAUUUUGGGUUUGUAGUUUAAUUUAGAAUUGUGUUAAAUUGAUAUUUUGCAUUUGACUUCAUUUUACAUUAGUUUGAAGUAAAUUAUUUAAUUUUCAAAUUCUGGAAUUUGAACAUUUACUGUAAUUUGUAAUAUAACUGCUGUGAAAUACUUGAAUAAAGAUGACAAGAAAAACA